CAUAAGUCUCUCGGAUCGGAUUGCUCUUCGGCAGCUGUCGUUUGGGUGGGGGUUCAUCGGAGAUCUCUUUUGGUGCGAGCAGGAUUCGUUCGUUCCUUUGUUGAUCGGAUUCCUCGAUCCUUUGGAUCCAUUCCAUUCGCUUUCCCACCCCUGUUGUCUCCCUGCCACCGUCCCAUUCCCGGCAGCGGAACCCCCCGAUUCUCCAACCAAAUCCGCCGAUGGGCAAUCUGCCAGGGAACAAUCGAAGCGAGCACCUUCCGCAGAUUGCGGUUGCACCGAUGGUGGAUCUUCGCUGGGAGGGACGGCACCGAAGAAACCGCGGAAUCGGAAGCAGGUGGUCCCCGGCAGCGUACGAGUAUGAGUUAUCGUGGGGAUGUAAAACCUUCUAUGGAACAAGCCGGUGCCGCAGACGAAACGUCCGGAUCCAUAACGGCAGUUCCGUGCUUCCGACAGUGAUAUGCCUCGGGGGAGCCGCUUCGAAAGCACCCGUGCGGGCCCGUGGAGGAAUCCACCAAAAUUGCGUCCCUGGCCACAGGCUCUUCCCAAGAUACGCACGAGGGGACACGGAUUCUCUUGUUCUUCUGCCGAUGGGGGAAUUCGUUUGGAAUUGCGCGACAAGGAACAGAUGGCCCAGAACAACCACGCACUGCCAACGGCACCCCCUGGAUCCGAAAAUCCGGCUCCGGGAAUCUUCCAUUUUGUACUCGGAAGAGAAAACAAUGGCCAAGAUAUUUUUGAUUCACGGAUAAGUCAGUCCCUAGUCGCGAGCGGUUCUCCCACGGAAGUUCUCUCCCGUCAACCGUAUUUUCAAGAAUCUGGCCGCCAGAAAGGAAGGAAUUUCAAUCCGACCAUUUCACCGUCGUACGAUCGUAACGCAUCGGAUGCAUCUUCCGAGCGGUCCGAUCCACAGCUUUCUCAAAAACAAAAACCAUGUAAAAUCCAUACUACGUGAUCGGUAGGAACAUACGUGUAUUCCAUAGAAAUGCGUUGAAAGUAUGAGCCGUUGCGUGUGGCGACUUUCCCGCCACAUUUUUAAAAAAAAUUCUGCUUCCGUAGAACAUCUGAAUACUUUGGAAUUAUGUACAAGCCGUACGAUCGUUCACGGUCCCAAGAAUUUGUCAUUGUGGACGCACUUAAUUAAUAGGAUCGGAGAUCCCUAAGUGGAGACUUUUUUUGAAUCGAUCGUAUUGGCAGGCAAAACGUUCGUAUGUGACACAUCUGUUCAAAUCAAAGAAGAACCCCCUGUCGUGGUUCAUUUUGUGCCCGUCACGGGCCCGAUCCUGCUUCCAAUCAUUUGCAAUCUGGCGUUGUCCACACAUCGGAACGCUAAUUGCGAUUUUUUUCAUUCUCUCCGAUGGGCCGUACUUGAUCAAUUUGAAAACACAGUUGGUUCCGAUCAAGGCAAGCAACGCUUUGCUUUAGUACCAGAUUGUACUAGUUAUUUGAACUAAUGUAUUUAUUACAAUGCGCCGGUUUUUUUUUGGAGAAUAUUGGAUCAUUGUGAUCGAUGAGGACAGUACAAGUACCCGUACAUCACGUAUUUCCGCAAUGGCGAUUGUUUUCGUGGUUCGUAGGGACUAGUGGAGAGCGAGUACAAGUGUUACAGUAAGACCAGUCCCAUUAGAACAAACAAUGGCUUCGAAGUAUUUAAGUUACAGUAGCUUGUAGGAUGGAUAGUGCUGUAGUGCUGCUAAUUUUACAUAUUGCUAUUUUUGUAGUGUCGUGCAAUACAGGGCGCCUGUGUUGCUGUUGUGUAGGAAAUGAUCUUGUUGUAUGCAUAUUCAUUGUAUGAAAAAUUAAGGCCAUCUCACAGACGGAAGAUAGUGUUACCGUGCAAAAAAGUCUGUAAGUUGAUGGCCAGUUCUUCUCAUGUGUAGUCGAAGUGAGCUACCUGGCUUAAUAUAAACCAUCGUAGUCACCCACGAAAUAAUCGUCCGUUUCCAUAACGUCUUCAUCUAGGAGGUGCUGCUGCUGCUGCUGUUGUUGUUGUUGGCAUGUGCUCUGUUGCGAAGAUGAGUAUGAUUGGAGUGUACUCUCGUUUGGCUCAGGGGGAGCCAUAACGGAUACGGGAGAAAUUGUGCGUUGUAAUCGAGAAGGCUCGGGAGCUACCGCUGUAGCUUCGGGCGUUGGAGGUGUCACACCGGCUUCGUCGAGACCUCCUUGUUCAUUGGCUUGCGCGUAAAUCAGAGAGAGGCGUUCUCUGCAGGCAACGAUGGCGGGAGAAUGAAUAUCGAUGAACAUCGUUAUUGGGAACUUCACUCCAGAGGCAUUCUUGCCCAGACGCUCCAUCGAAUUAAGAAGAGCGGCCAUAGCGAUCUCGGAUGGUUUGUAAGAAACAAAGAAGUAAUCCAUGACAGAGAGUUCGAUCAUGAAUUGUGCGAGGUCAUGAAGCUCGUGCUCUUCAACCGAGAGGAAGAAGAGAAAGUGUUUUACAAAUAGUUGUGCCGUUGGUGGAUGUACGUGCCAUCGCAAACGUUGCAAGACUUCGUACUCCAUCCUUUCCAUUUCCUUUAGAGUAAAGAAACCUCGGCUGAGUUGUAGGAUCGUAUCCAUGGAAGAUUUGGAUCCAGGGAUGAGUAGAUGUUUAUACUCGUUGAGUUUGAUCGAGAGAUAUAGGCAAGUCAUUGCCAACAAUUGAAAAAGAUUCUUAUCUACGAUUCCAUCGUAGACUCCAAGGUAUCGGUCCAAGUGGCUCAUUGCAGUGCUGACUACUUCGCGGUUCAAAUCAAAGUGAUCGACCACUGAAAGGAAAUCAACGUGGAGUGUCCAGCGGAGGAAGAGACAAUCGGUUUUGAUGUGAGAAGGAAAGCAUUGAUACGCGAUUAUAAGAAAAGAAUUGGCUGUGUCUCAACUUCUAUUGAACUUCAAGUAAAGCAUGUGAAGAAAAUCGUACCUUGGUAAGCCCAUUCACAAAUCUUUUCUCUCCAGUGCUUGUUAAUUUGAGAUGUGCUCGAAGAAGCAGAUCCCACACUUCCGGCUCCGGUGCUGCUUGCGCAAGUUGAGGCAGUGGUUGGAACAGUUCGGUGCUGCUCAGUCUGUUGUGUUUCAGAUGUUUCUCCUGCCGAAGUCAAAUCCUCCCAGGAUUUGCGUUUUUUCGGACUCGAUGGCUCCGAUGAAUCAGUUGCGGAAUAGGAGCAUCGUUGCUCCGCCGCCGCCGCCGCUUCUAACACAGCCUCCUGUGCUCUGGCGCGACUUUGCAUUCUCG